GUUCUCUCCUGCGCGGAGCGCGCUGAUGUUCGUGGCCUCGGCGGCUCCAGGAAGCGAUACGGCGGGUGCGGAGAGCCGGGCGGGCGCCGCGUCUGGCCAUAGGUGGAGGCCUCCGCCUCCAGCUGUCAAUCCCGCCGACCUGGCCCCGCCUCGCCCGACGGCGGAGCGUCGCGGGGCGUAAGGCCGAGGGGGCUGCCGGGACAGACCCAAGAUGGCCGGGCGCCUGCGUUCCGUUCCUGCCUUCGGCCCCGAACCUCAUUCAUUGCCGCGCUGCUGAGCGGAGCCGCGAGCCAGCCCGAGGGCUCCGGGCGCUGUCCUCGCGGGGCGGCAGGCCGCCAUGGCGACCCUGGAAAAGCUGAUGAAGGCCUUCGAGUCCCUCAAAUCCUUCCAGCAGCAGCAGCAGCAGCAGCAGCAGCCGCCUCCGCCGCCGCCUCAGCCUCCUCAGCCCCCGCCGCAGGCGCAGCCGCCGCCUCAGCCGCCCCCGCCGCCGCCGCCGCCGCCGGUUGGCCCUGCCGCGGCCGAGGAGCCGCUGCACCGACCAAAGAAAGAGCUCUCAGCCACCAAGAAAGACCGCGUGAACCACUGUCUGACAAUCUGUGAAAGCAUCGUCGCGCAGGCUCUCAGAAAUUCUCCAGAAUUUCAGAAACUUCUGGGCAUCGCUAUGGAACUUUUUCUGCUGUGCAGUGAUGACGCGGAGUCAGAUGUCAGGAUGGUGGCUGACGAAUGCCUCAACAAAGUCAUAAAAGCUUUGAUGGAUUCUAAUCUUCCGAGGUUGCAGCUAGAACUCUAUAAGGAAAUUAAAAAGAACGGCGCCCCGCGGAGCCUGCGCGCUGCCCUCUGGAGGUUUGCCGAGCUGGCUCACCUGGUCCGGCCUCAGAAAUGCAGGCCGUACCUGGUGAACCUGUUGCCCUGCCUGACGCGCACAAGCAAGAGACCCGAGGAGUCCGUCCAGGAGACGCUGGCUGCAGCGAUCCCUAAAAUUAUGGCUUCUUUUGGCAACUUUGCAAACGACAACGAGAUUAAGGUUCUGUUGAAGGCUUUCAUCGCGAACCUGAAGUCCAGCUCCCCGACCGUGCGGCGGACCGCGGCGGGCUCAGUGGUCAGCAUCUGCCAGCACUCCAGGAGGACGCAGUACUUUUACAGCUGGCUGCUCAGCGUGCUCCUAGGUUUGCUGGUCCCCGUGGAGGAGGAGCACCCCACCCUGCUGAUCCUCGGCGUCCUGCUCGCGCUGAGGUCCUUGGUGCCACUGCUGCAGCAGCAGGUCAAGGACACGAGCCUGAAAGGCAGCUUCGGGGUGACGCGGAAAGAGACGGAGGUCUCCCCCUCGACGGAGCAGCUCGUCCAGGUGUACGAGCUGACCUUGCACUACACCCAACACCAGGACCACAACGUCGUGACCGGGGCCCUGGAGCUGCUGCAGCAGCUCCUCCGAACCCCGCCGCCUGAGCUCCUGCGCGCACUGACCACGGCGGGCGGCGUCCGGCAGCUCGCGGCCGCCAAGGACGAGCCCGGGGGCCGCAGUCGGAGCGGGAGCAUCGUCGAGCUGAUAGCUGGAGGGGGUUCUUCAUGCAGCCCUGUCCUUUCAAGAAAACAAAAAGGGAAAGUGCUCUUCGGAGAAGCGGCACCCUUGGAAGAUGACUCGGAGUCCAGGUCGGAGGGCAGCAGCCCCGCCUUCUCAGGUACCUCAGCCAAGGGUGAGGCCGGAGGUGAGCUGGCUGCCUCUUCCGGGGUCUCCACUCCUGGCUCCACCAGCUCAGCGGCCGACUCUGCGGGCCAUGACAUCAUCACCGAGCAGCCCCGGUCGCAGCACACGCUUCAGACAGACUCGGUGGAUCUGGCUGCCUGUGACCUGACGAGCGCCGCCACCGACGGGGACGAGGAGGACAUCCUGAGCCACAGCUCCAGCCAGAUGAGCGCCGUCCCUUCCGACCCCGCCAUGGACCUGAACGACGGGACCCAGGCCUCCUCGCCCAUCAGCGACAGCUCCCAGACCACCACCGAGGGGCCCGAUUCAGCCGUGACCCCUUCCGACAGUUCUGAAAUUGUGUUAGAUGGCACUGACAGCCAGUAUCCAGGGAUGCCGGCGGGGCAGAUGCAGGACGAGGAGGAGGACGCUACCGCCGUUCUUCCUGACGAAGAUGCAGAGGCUUUCAGAAACUCUUCCAUCGCCCUUCAACAAGCACAUUUGCUGAAAAGCAUGGGCCACAGCAGGCAGGCCUCUGACAGCAGUGUGGAUAAAUUUGUCUCAAGAGAGGAAGCUGCCGAACCAGGGGAUCCAGAGAGCAAGCCCUGGCGGGUCAAAGGCGACAUUGGCCAGUCCACUGACGAGGAUUCCGCCCCUCUUGUCCAUUGCGUCCGCCUUUUGUCCGCUUCGUUUCUGCUCACAGGGGAAAAGAAUGCCUUGGUUCCGGACAGGGACGUGCGGGUCAGCGUGAAGGCGCUGGCCCUCAGCUGCGUUGGAGCCGCCGUGGCCCUUCAUCCUGAGUCUUUCUUCAGCAAACUCUACAGAGCGCCUCUUGACACCGUGGAAUUCCCUGAGGAGCAGUACGUGUCAGACGUCUUGAACUACAUUGACCACGGGGACCCGCAGGUCCGGGGAGCCACAGCCAUCCUGUGCGGGACCCUCGUCUGCUCCGUCCUCGGCCGGUGCCGCUUCCAUGUCGCGGGCUGGAUGGGCGCCGUCAGAGCCCGGACAGGAAAUACAUUUUCUCUGGCGGACUGCAUCCCCCUGCUGCAGAAAACUUUGAAGGACGAGUCCUCGGUUACUUGCAAGUUGGCUUGUGCUGCUGUGAGGCUCUGUGUCAUGAGCCUCUGCAGCAGCAGCUACAGUGCGUGGGGGCUGCAGCUCAUCACCGACCUGCUGGCCCUGCGGAGCAGCUCCUACUGGCUGGUGCGGACGGAGCUUCUGGAGACGGUGGCAGAGAUCGACUUCAGGUUGGUGAGCUUUCUGGAGGCCAAAGCAGAAAGCCUGCACAGAGGGGCCCAUCACUAUACAGGGCGUUUAAAACUGCAAGAGCGGGUACUCAGUAAUGUUGUCAUCCAUCUGCUUGGAGAUGAAGACCCCAGGGUGCGACACGUUGCUGCAGCUUCGUUGAUGAGGCUCGUCCCAAAGCUGUUUUACAAGUGCGACCGAGGACAGGCGGACCCGGUGGUGGCCGUGGCGCGAGACCAGAGCAGCGUGUACCUGGCGCUCCUCAUGCACGAGCCGCAGCCUCCGUCCCACCUCUCCGUCAGCGCCGCAACCAGAAUUUAUAGAGGCUAUAACCUGCUACCAAGCAUCACAGAUGUCACUCUGGAAAACAACCUCUCGAGAGUCAUCGCAGCGGUUUCCCAUGAACUGAUCAUGUCCACCACGAGGGCGCUCACAUUUGGAUGCUGCGAAGCUCUGUGCCUGCUGUCAACUGCCUUCCCAGUUUGCAUCUGGAGUUUAGGUUGGCACUGUGGAGUGCCCCCGCUGAGCGCCUCCGAUGAGUCCAGGAAGAGCUGCACCGUGGGGAUGGUCACGAUGAUCCUGACACUGCUCUCGUCAGCCUGGUUCCCGCUGGAUCUCUCUGCCCACCAGGAUGCUCUGAUUUUAGCGGGGAACUUGCUGGCAGCCAGUGCCCCCAGGUCUCUGAGGAGCUCGUGGGCCUCUGAAGAUGAGGCCAGCACGGCAGCCAGCAAGCAGGAGGAGGCGUGGCCGGCCCUGGGUGACCGGACCCUGGUGCCCAUGGUGGAGCAGCUCUUCUCCCACCUGCUGAAGGUCAUCAACAUCUGUGCGCACGUCCUGGACGAUGUGGCUCCGGGACCCGCAGUGAAGGCAGCCCUGCCUUCUCUCACAAACCCGCCUUCUCUGAGCCCAAUCCGAAGGAAGGGGAAAGAGAAGGAGCCGGGAGAGCAGGCGUCUGUGCCCGUGAGUCCCAAGAAAGGCGGCGAGUCCAGUCCAGCCUCUCGACCACCUGAAACCUCAGGGCCUGUUGCCACAAGCAAGUCCUCGUCACUGGGGAGCUUCUGUCACCUGCCUUCUUACCUCAAACUGCACGACGCCCUGAGAGCCACUCACGCCAACUACAAGGUCACCUUGGAUCUUCAGAGCAGCAGCGAGAAGUUUGGGGGUUUCCUGCGCUCUGCCUUGGACGUUCUGUCUCAGAUUCUGGAGCUGGCAACGCUGCAGGACAUCGGGAAGUGUGUUGAAGAGAUCCUGGGAUACCUGAAGUCUUGCUUCAGUCGAGAGCCGAUGAUGGCGACCGUGUGUGUUCAGCAGUUGCUGAAGACUCUGUUCGGGACAAACCUGGCCUCCCAGUUGGAUGGCCUGUCUUCGCACGCCAGCAAGUCGCAGGGCCGUGCGCAGCGCCUCGGCUCCUCCAGCGCGCGGCCCGGCUUGUACCACUACUGCUUCAUGGCGCCGUACACCCUCUUCACCCAGGCCUUAGCAGACGCCAGCCUGCGGAACGCGGCCCAGGCAGAGCAGGACCAGGACACUGCAGGGUGGUUUGACAUCCUCCAGAAAGUGUCGACCCAGCUGAAGACAAACCUCACCAGCGUCACAAAGAACCGACCAGACAAGAAUGCUAUUCACAAUCACAUUCGCUUGUUCGAGCCUCUCGUCAUAAAAGCACUGAAGCAGUACACGACCACGACCUCCGUGCAGCUGCAGAAGCAGGUGCUGGCCUUGCUGGCGCAGCUAGUCCAGCUGCGGGUCAACUACUGCCUGCUGGACUCAGACCAGGUGUUCAUUGGAUUUGUGUUGAAGCAGUUUGAAUACAUUGAAGUCGGCCAGUUCAGGGAGUCAGAGGCGAUUAUCCCAAACAUCUUUUUCUUCCUGGUAUUACUGUCUUACGAGCGUUACCACUCAAAACAGAUCAUCGGGAUCCCUAAAAUCAUCCAGCUCUGUGACGGCAUCAUGGCCAGCGGGAGGAAGGCGGUGACGCACGCCAUACCUGCCCUGCAGCCCAUAGUCCAUGACCUCUUCGUUUUAAGAGGAACCAAUAAGGCUGAUGCAGGAAGAGAGCUUGAGACCCAGAAGGAGGUGGUGGUGUCCAUGCUGCUGAGACUCAUCCAGUACCAUCAGGUGCUGGAGAUGUUCACGCUGGUCCUGCGGCAGUGCCACAAGGAGAGCGAGGACAGGUGGAAGCGGCUGUCCCGGCAGGUGGCUGACGUCAUCCUCCCGAUGCUGGCCAAGCAGCAGGUGCACAUUGAUUCUCACGAGGCCCUGGGAGUGCUGAACACGUUGUUCGAGAUUUUGGCCCCCUCCUCCCUGCGCCCCGUGGACAUGCUUUUACGGAGUAUGUUCGUCACCCCAGACACCCUGGCGGUGGUGAGCACGGUCCAGCUGUGGGUAUCAGGCAUCCUGGCCAUCCUGCGGGUGCUGAUUUCCCAGUCGACCGAGGACAUCGUCCUGUCCCGCAUCCAGGAGCUCUCCUUCUCUCCGAACUUGGUCUCCUGUUCGACAAUCAGUAGGUUGAGAGAUGGGGACGGUGCUUCAGCCCCGGAGGAGCUCAGCGAAGGGAGACAGACGAAGAAUCUGCCAGAAGAAACGUUUGCCAGGUUUCUGCUCCAGCUGGUCGGCAUCCUUUUAGAGGACAUCGUCACAAAGCAGCUGAGGGUGGAGGUGAGCGAGCAGCAGCACACCUUCUACUGCCAGGAGCUGGGCACGCUGCUCAUGUGUCUGAUCCACAUCUUCAAGUCGGGGACGUUCCGGAGGAUCACUGCCGCUGCCUCGAGGCUCCUGAGGGACAGUGCGGACGGCGGCUUCUACAGCCUGGAGAGCCUGAACGCGCGGGUGCGCUCCGUGGUCCCCACGCACCCGGCCCUGGUGUUGCUCUGGUGUCAGAUCCUGCUGCUCGUCGGCCACACCGACUACCGCUGGUGGGCGGAGGUGCAGCAGACGCCCAAAAGACGCAGCCUGUCCAGCACGAAGUCGCUGAGUCCGGAGAUGUCUGGCGAGGACGAGGAUCCCGACGUGGCUUCCAAGCUGGGGAUGUGCAAUAGAGAGAUCGUGCGGAGAGGCGCCCUCAUUCUCUUCUGCGACUACGUCUGCCAGAACCUGCAUGAUUCGGAGCACCUGACGUGGCUCAUCGUGAACCAUAUUCAAGACCUGAUCAGCCUGUCCCACGAGCCCCCCGUGCAGGACUUCAUCAGUGCCGUCCAUCGGAACUCUGCCGCCAGUGGCCUUUUCAUCCAGGCAAUUCAGUCUCGCUGUGAGAACCUCUCCACUCCCACCAUGCUGAAGAGAACUCUCCAGUGCCUGGAAGGGAUCCACCUGAGCCAGUCGGGCGCCGUCCUGACGCUGUACGUGGACAAGCUUUUGUGCACGCCGCUCCGUGCACUGGCUCGCGUGGUCGAAACCCUUGCUUGUCGCCGGGUGGAAAUGCUUUUGGCCGCAAAUUUACAGAGCAGCACGGCCCAGCUGCCGGCGGAGGAGCUGAUCCGGAUCCAGGAACACCUGCAGAGCAGCGGGUUAGCACAGAGACACCAGAGGCUCUACUCCUUGCUGGACAGGCUUCGUCUCGCCACCGCACCGGGGUCGCACGGCCCCACGCCCCCCGUCACGUCCCACCCCCUGGACGGGGAUGGGCCCCUGGCACUGGAGGCAGUGAAUCCUGACAAAGACUGGUACGUGCAGCUGGUGAAGGCCCAGUGCUGGACUCGGUCAGACUCUGCCCUGCUGGAAGGCGCAGAGCUGGUGAGCCGGAUCCCUGCGGGCGACCUGGGCGCCUUCGUGAUGCACUCGGAGUUCAACCUGAGCCUGUUGGCGCCGUGCCUGGGCCUGGGCAUGCGUGAGAUCUCAGGGGGCCAGCGGAGCCCCCUUUUUGAAGCAGCUCGCAUGGCGACUCUGGACCGCGUGACCGUUGUGGUCCAGCAGCUUCCUGCUGUCCACCAAGCUUUCCAGCCGUUCCUGCCCCCACAGCCCGCCACCUACUGGAGCAAGCUGGAUGACCUCUUUGGGGAUGCUGCGCUGUAUCGGACUCUGACCACCCUGGCCCGGGCCCUGGCCCAGUACCUGCUGGUGUUCUCCAAGCUGCCCAGCCAUUUGCAACUUCCUCCUGAGAAGGAAAGGGACACCGUGAAGUUCGUGGUCAUGACCCUCGAGGCACUGUCGUGGCACCUGACCCAUGCGCGGGUCCCACUGAGCCUGGACCUGCAGGCGGGCCUGGACUGCUGCUGCCUGGCCCUGCAGCUGCCCGGCCUCUGGAGCCUGCUGGCCGCGCCCAACAUGGUGACCCACGCCUGCUCCCUCAUCCACUGUGUGCGGUUCAUCCUGGAGGCCAUUGUGGUGCAGCCCGGGGACCAGCUUCUUAGUCCAGAAAGAAGGACGAGCGCCCCCAGGUCUGCCAGAGAGGACGGCGUGGACUCAGACACACAGACCCCUCAGUACAUCGCUGCAGCCUGUGGCAUGGUGGCCGAGAUGGUGGAGUGCCUGCCGUCAGUGUUGGCCUUGGGCCACAAGAGGAACAGCCGCACGCCCGCGUUCCUCACACCGGUGCUCAGGAACAUCAUCAUCAGCUUGGCCCGCCUGCCCCUCGUCAACAGCUACACACGUGUCCCGCCCCUGGUAUGGAAACUUGGAUGGUCACCCAAACCAGGCGGGGAUUUCGGCACAGUGUUCCCUGAGAUCCCCGUGGAGUUCCUCCAGGAGAAGGAGGUCUUUAAAGAGUUCAUCUACCGCAUCAACACGCUGGGGUGGACCAGCCGCACCCAGUUUGAGGAGACGUGGGCCACCCUCCUCGGCGUCCUGGUGACUCAGCCACUCGUGAUGGAGCAGGAGGAGAGCCCCCCGGAAGAGGACGUGGAGAGGACGCAGAUCCACGUCCUGGCCGUGCAGGCCAUCACCUCCUUGGUGCUGAGCGCGAUGACCGUGCCCGUGGCCGGCAACCCGGCCGUGAGCUGCCUGGAGCAGCAGCCCCGGAACAAGCCCCUGAAGGCCCUCGACACCAGGUUUGGAAGGAAGCUGAGUGUCAUCAGAGGGAUUGUCGAGCAGGAGAUCCAGGCAAUGGUUUCCAGGAGAGAAAACGCUGCCACUCACCACCUGUACCAGGCGUGGGACCCCGUCCCGUCUCUAGCCCCAGCCACCACAG